AUGCAACAUCAUCAAAGUAUGGCCGUGACAUUAUUAAAAGUUUUAAUACGAUUAAAAAAUGGGAAAUAUCAUCGCACUGAAAUUCGUGAUAAACAACGUAUUCUAGAUCUAUACAAGCAAAUUGCAAAUGAACUUCAUUUAACGAUCGGACAAGUUAAACUGUUAACUAUUUAUCGUAAUACAGCUAAUUCAAUUCAAUUAUUAUAUCCAUUAUCCUAUGAUAUGUAUUUGGAUGAAUCGCGUACACUUGAUACAUUUGCAAUUUUACAAAAUGAAGAAUUAUAUCUCGAUAUCAAUGAACUCUUUGAUGAUUUAACACUUUCGACGUCUCCUUCGUCAACGGUAUCGUCGACAUCAUCCGUCAUCAUCAAUGAAUCCAACUUAUCUCCAUCAGUGGCAAACUUUCAACAUUAUCAAUCAAAACCAAAAAAAUUGAGUUUUGAUCAACAACAACAUAAAACAUCAUCGUCAACAAGCACAAUAUCAAUAUCAAAAACAUUAAAAUCAUCAGUUGGUCAACUAGUACGUUAUUCAGUACCAGCAGAUAAUUCAUGUUUGUUUUCUUCAAUUUAUUUUGUCUUACAUUCUGGAAAAAUGGAUUUAACAUCAAAUAAGCAUUUACGUGACAUAAUCGCAACAACAAUAGAAUCAGACGAAAAAACAUAUUCAGAAGCAAUAUUAGGAAGAAAAAAUAGUGAUUAUUGUAAAUGGAUUCGUAAAGAUGAUAGUUGGGGUGGCGGUAUCGAGUUGGCUAUAUUAACAAAAUUAUAUGAAAUUGAAAUAUGUGUAAUAAAUAGUGAAUGUGGUGGUCGAAUUGAUUAUUUUGGCGAAGAUUGCCAAUUUCUAUAUCGUGUUUUUCUAUUAUAUGAUGGACUUCAUUAUGACCCUGUUUACUAUUCAAAAUUUGAUCCAGAUGAAAAUGAAGAUUUGAUACAAACAAAAUUUUUACGUAAUGAUGAAACGAUAUUAAAUUUGGCAAAAAAACUUAUUGAGUCGACAGCAUCAUCAGCAACUUUAACAACCUACAACAUUGAAAAGAAUGGAACAGACUGUGAUUAUAGAAAAACGAUGAAAAUGAAUGAAUUGAUGCAUGUAAAACUCUAA